GCGGCCCCGGGAGCCAUGCAGCGCGCGGCCGGCCCGCUCCCGGCGGCCCCGCUGGACCGCGCGGGGCCCGGCUGUGGGUCCCCGCCGCCCGCCCCCGGCGGCCCCGCUCGUGCUGGCUCCGCUCUCCCCGCGCCUGGACAGCCCCGGGACCCUGCCAGGUGGAUGUUGUGCGUGGCCGGAGCCACGCUGAAGAGAGAACUUGAUGCCACCGCAACAGUACUGGCAAACAGGCAAGAUGAGAGUGAACAGUCCAGGAAGCGGCUUAUUGAGCAGAGCCGAGAAUUCAAGAAGAACACUCCAGAGGAUUUGCGCAAGCAGGUAGCACCACUGCUCAAGAGCUUCCAAGGGGAGAUUGAUGCACUGAGUAAGAGGAGCAAGGAAGCAGAGGCAGCCUUUCUGACUGUGUACAAGAGACUAAUUGAUGUCCCAGAUCCCGUGCCAGCCCUGGACCUCGGGCAACAGCUGGAAGUAAAAGUGCAGCGUCUACACGACAUUGAAACGGAAAACCAGAAACUUAGGGAAACACUAGAAGAAUACAACAAGGAGUUUGCCGAAGUGAAAAAUCAAGAGGUUACGAUAAAAGCACUUAAGGAGAAAAUCCGAGAAUACGAGCAGACUCUGAAGAGCCAGGCCGAGACCAUUGCUCUGGAGAAGGAACAGAAGCUGCAAAAUGAUUUUGCAGAGAAGGAGAGAAAGCUGCAAGAGACACAGAUGUCCACCACCUCAAAGCUGGAGGAAGCCGAGCACAAACUCCAGACUUUGCAAACAGCCCUGGAAAAAACUCGAACAGAAUUAUUUGACCUGAAAACCAAAUAUGAUGAAGAAACUACUGCAAAGGCCGACGAGAUCGAGAUGAUCAUGACUGACCUUGAGCGAGCCAACCAGAGGGCAGAAGUGGCACAGAGAGAGGCAGAGACUUUAAGGGAACAGCUCUCGUCAGCCAACCACUCUCUCCAGCUGGCCUCGAAAAUCCAGAAGGCUCCAGAUGUGGUGGGUACCCUGGCCCUGCCCCCGCCCUCCCCAUGUCACUCCUGCUUUCAACCCUUCCUUUUGGAGUAA